GCUCGGCCGUGUGCGGGCCCCGCGCCGAGCGCCGCGGUCGCGAGUCCAUGGCAGCAGCGCUGUGCGGCCGCGCGGCCGGACGCCCAGCACCGCCACCCGCCGCCGGUGCCCGGGGAGCGCCCGGGAUGCGGGGGGACCCGGGCGGCCGCGGCCGGAGCAGCGCCAGCCACGAGGGCGCGCAGCAGCGUCCGCCCGCCCGCCUGUGCUGACCUGCCUCGCCCGCCCCCAGAGAAUGUCAGCCAAGUCCAAGGGGACCCCCUCGUCGUCCGCUCCAGCCGAGGGACCGCCGGCAGCCUCCACGACCAAGGUGAAGGAGCAGAUCAAGAUCAUCGUGGAGGACCUGGAGUUAGUUCUGGGCGACCUGAAGGACGUAGCCAAAGAACUUAAGGAGGUGGUUGACCAGAUUGAUACCUUGACCUCUGACCUACAGCUGGAGGAUGAGAUGACCGACAGCUCCAAAACAGACACGCUGAACAGCAGCUCAAGUGGCACCACGGCUUCCAGCAUCGAGAAGAUCAAAGUGCAGGCCAACGCACCCCUCAUUAGAAACCCCCCUCACCCAUCUGCCAUCCUCACCGUCCUGAGAAAGCCAAACCCUCCACCGCCACCUCCACGGUUGACGCCUGUGAAGUGUGAAGAAUCCCCACGGCCAUUGCCAACAGCGAAUCCUGUGAAAACCAAUGGCACCCUGCUGAGAAACGGAGGGGUGCCAGGUGGAUCUCACCGAAUACCCAACGGAGACCUCUGCUGUAUACCCAGCAGUAACCUGGACAAGACUCCUGGGCAGCCUCUGAUGCAUAGACCAGAGAAGGACAGGUGUCCCCAGGUAGGGCCUAGGGAACGAGUCCGGUUUAACGAAAAAGUGCAGUACCAUGGCUACUGCCCUGACUGUGACACCCGGUAUAACGUAAAAAACAGGGAGGUCCACCUACACAGUGAACCUGUCCACCCACCGGGGAAGAACCCUCCCCACGGCCCUCCCCGCCCUCCUCCGCCCCACCUGCCUUCUUUCCCACUAGAAAAUGGGGGCCUGGGAAUAAGCCACAGUAACAGCUUCCCCCCUCUGAGACCUGCAACUGUGCCUCCUCCCACUGCACCAAAACCACAGAAGACCAUCUUGAGGAAGUCAACCACCACCACAGUGUGAUGUAUGCCAUUGAAAAAAAAAAACAGCUUUUAUUUUAUUUUCUGUGUUAUAAACAAAAUAAUAAGUAAUCAGCACUUUCUACGCAAGCAAUAAAAAGCCCAAAUUAUUAAUCCUGCAUUCAGCAAAGUGGCAUUAAAAAAUUCUGGUAAGUAUGCAGUACAUUGCUUAUAUCCUGGGUAUACAUUACUCUAAAUGCAUCAUCCAAAACCACAGAAAGAGGAAAAAUCUGAAUGCACUGGUUAUGUGAUUGACUUGUGACAUACUGCCAUCUGCAGAUUUAAAAUGUUUUAAUUCACUGCAAGAGAUGGGAUUUGAUUCAUUUUACUCAUGCCCAACACAUCUAUGCAUUGGAACCACAUCAGUCUCUUUCUCUUUGGUCUAAUGCUUUUUAAUAAGAAGUUUUAAUACUGAAGGACUAUUUUACUAUUUUUUCUAAAGAUGCUUGUCACUAGUUUUGCAUUAUUAAAUGCUGAGAAUAAUAUCAAAAAGAUUAUUUUCUAUACUAUCCAAUCAUGGAUUAUAUGUUCAGCUCUGUGUGUAAUAAAAUGUUUUUGUCCUUGGAAAUGCCAUUAUGUCAAUAAACAAUAGGAUUUAAUGGAGAAACCAAAUGUUCCUUGGAAUUAAACUCAAUUGGUUGCUUAUUUCUUGCUAUCUUAUUGUUCAUCAAAAUGAGAAGCAA